AUGGCGGACACCAAGCCCAUCGAGUAUGAAAGCUCUCGGCGCAUGCUACUCUCUCGCGCAACCCCGCCUUUGCUAAUCCCAUCCUUUUCUUCUAGGGAGCUCCUCACCAAGCCGCGCAACGAGCUCACGGAAUACGAAAUCGCGCAGCUCGAAGAGCACGAGUUCUCCGCCGGCCCCCUCUCCAUCCUCCAGACCGCCGUGCGGUCGCACGUGCAGGUGCUCAUCUCCAUCCGCAACAACCGCAAGCUGCUCGCCCGCGUCAAGGCCUUUGACCGCCACUGCAACAUGGUCCUCGAGAACGUCAAGGAGAUGUGGACGGAGACGCCGCGGCUGGCCGACGGCAAAAAGGGCCGCCCCGUCAACAAGGAUCGGUUCAUUAGCAAGAUGUAUGUCUGGCCCUCUGUGCCUCCUCGUGCGACCUCUUCCUUUCCUUGCUAA